ACAGACUCAACCAGUUGAAGCACAAGAAGAUAUGCAAAUGCCACAAGCGGACACUCCUAAAAAGAAGGGGACAAUAGCAGUACCUAGGAGAUCAACACCCAGUAAAGUCACUGCUAGUGCCAUGAGAAACGAACUCCCAAAAAAGCAACACCCAAGAGAAAUGUAGCAUAUCCUUCAACCUCUAGAAAGAAACUAACACCCAGGAGGGCAACUAAGCUGUCAACCUCCAGUGAAACCCUGCCGCAACAAGUAGCAACUGCCUCAGCCUCUUUAGAUGAACCGUUAAAUGCACAACACUAGUCAAGUCCAUCUAGUGAUAGUGACAACUUUGUAGAGGAUGAGAAUUACAGAAUUGAUCGUAGAGAGGCAUUUGUAGAUGAUGACUUUGAUGAAGAUGAACUAUUUGAUGAGUUUAGCAAUAAUGGCAAGGGGAAAAUGAAGAAGAAUGUGCAAGAGAAAGAGGAUGACGGUGCCUACAGUGAAUGUGGAGGGCAAUGAGACUGUGCUUGAACCAAAUAAUGAACCUAGGGAGGCAGUGAAUGUGGAGGGCAAUGAGAGUGUGCUUGAACCAGGCCAGGAAGAUAGGGAGGCAGUGAAUGAAGUUGAUGGUGCCCACAGUGAUGAUUCCUUUCAAGCUGCUAUAUGUAGUGAAGAUGAGGAACUGAAUGAGAUUAGGCAAUGCAAUAAGGAGAUUCUAAGUCAAGAGAUGGGCAACAUUGUUUUAAACUCUGGUGCAGUACUAGGAGAGGGUGUUGAUGCAAGUAACUCCAUUCAAUUUAACACUGUCAGACCCUCUCGAGUGGUUAAUGCUAAUGUACCAACAUCACCUCAUGAAGGAAUGCAUUCAAGAGCUGACAACACAAUUGAUGAACCUGGGCCAUCAACCACUGAACCACAACAACAGUCAUGGUCAGAUUUUUGUACAAAUUAUGAUGGUGGAUAUGAAUCAUAUCCUAGAUCAAGUGGUGAUGAAGGUCCCAUAAUGGCAAGUGAUGAGGAUGAAACUCUUGUCCAAAGUUAAAAAAAAAAUAGCAAAGGUCAAGUAUCUAUUUUUUAAUGAAGAAGUUGAGAUGAAAAAUGUUAAAUUGACAGUAGGAUUGAAGUUCACGUUAAGGGAAAUAUUAAAAGAAGCAAUAUUGAAUUACUUCAUACAAGAACACUGACAUUGCUUAUGGAAAAAAUGAUAAGAGGCAAUUGAAUGUGAAUUGUGCACUCUAUCAUUGGCAGCUAAAUGCUACACCAUAUCGUGAUGAUGCUAGUGCUUGGAAAAUCAAUAGUAUGCACCAUUAUCAUACUUGUAGUAGGACAAUCAAGAAUAGGCUAAUCACUGAAGAUUGGCUUGCAGAAAAAUUCAUUGACAACUUUUGAGGGAUCCUACGUUCAAGCCCAAAGAUAUGAAAGCAGGCAAAAACAAUAUGAAAUCGUAGUGGAUUUAAGGAAAUGUAGGAGGGCAAAGAGUAGGGCUUUGAAUGCAACAGAUGGUUUGUUUAAGAAGUAAUAUGGCUUGUUAAAGCCAUACAUGAGAGAGCUCUUAAGGAGUAAUGAUGGAAAUACAUGCAUUCUGAAGGUCACAGAUCAAAGUGAUUCAUUAGAAUCAGGGGUCUUUCAAAGAUUCUACGUGUGCUUUGUAGGUAAAGUUCAAAUGUUUGUUAGAAAAUUUUGAAGUUUUAUCAAAGCUUGUAUGUGCAUAUUUUUUAGGUCAUACUGAAUUCAUUCAUGUGUUCUCAGCCAUGAAAAGGGGGUUCGCCAACAAUUGUAGACCUAUAUUUGGAUUUUAUGGGUGCUUUCUUACACAUGCAUGUGGUGGGCAAUUGUUAAGUGUCGUGGGGAGAGACGACAAUAAUCAAAUGUGGCCAAUUGCGUGGGUCAUUGUGAAGGGUGAAACUAGGAGCUCUUGGAAAUGGUUUAUGAGAAUCUUAUCUAGUGAUCUCAAUAUGGGAGAGGGAGAGGGAUGGACAGUAAUUUCAGACCAACAAAAGGGUUUAGUUUCAGCUAUACAUGAAGUUUGACCCCAAGUGGAGUAUAGGCAAUGUGCAAGACACAUUUAUUCCAAUUGGAGGAAAGCACAUACUGAAAGAACUCUUCAAAAACAAUUUUAGUAUUGUGUGAAGGCAACAUCCAUGGGGGGAUUUUGCAAGAGAGGCUGCCAAACUCAAGGAUUACUCUCAAAGGGCAUACGCCGACUUCAUGGCAAGGGAUCAUCACACCUUUUGUAAGUCACAUUUUAAAUGUCAUAGCCAAUGUGAUAGUAUUGAUAAUAAUAUGUCCGAAACCUUCAACUCAUUCAUCCUUCUUGCAAGAUACAAACCAAUAAUUUCUAUGUUAGAAGACAUUAGACUUGCCAUGAUGGAUAGAAUGCAGUUAAAGUUGAUUAAAGAGGGAUAUUAAGAACAAUUGCACUGUCAAACACAUUGGUCGGAAACAAAUGACUAUAGUGGAUUUGAGAUACAUCACAAAGGGAUUGGCUAUGAGGUUAACUUGGGUGAAAAAACCUAUUCUUGUAGGGUUUGAGACUUGACUGGAAUUAUAUGUCCCCAUGCCAUUAGUGCAAUAUUGUUCAUGAGAAAGAAUCCAGGAGAUUUUGUUGCUCAUUGGUACAAA